CGCCGAACGAGAAGCAGCUGGUGCGGCGACAGUACAGUGGAGCAGCGCAGUGAGACAGUCAUGUGCGUCGGAGUCUCGUAGCGUGCUUCGAGUGUUGUUGUGCCGUGGACGAGCGCGAGGGAGCCACCAUGCUGACCACCAGCGCCAACCAGUACUUGCACCCGGACUACUUGUCACCGUUACCAACUACGUGGUCGGUGCGCGGCCGGGGUUCGCAGCCGGACAUCCUGGACCCCGACCUGGGCCACGAGCCGCUGCAACAACAGCUCGACGCGAAGAAGAGUCCUCUGGCCCUGUUGGCGCAGACGUGCAGCCAGAUCGGCGCAGACUCGCCUAGCAGCAAGCCUCUGAUCCCGCCGCUGGAGAAGCAGCCGUCCUCGAAGUCGUCCUCGUCCUCCGCCUCCACGGUGAAAAACGAUUCCUCUAGCAGUGGGAGUGGCGGGGCGCGCGACAAGUCUUCGCCGGCGUCUUCGGCGGGCAGCGACUUGAGCGUCAAAUCGAGCUUCAAGCCGUACGAGUCUUCAGUGUCGCAGCAGCACCACCAACAGCGAGACAAGACUGGAUCGCCGCAGGAGGACCGCGCGGGUGCCUCGAGCGGCGGUGGGAACGGUUCUGCCCGGGUGAGGACGCCCGCGUCCACAAAGAGCGGCGGCCGCUGCGCCAGCAACCAGAGCGCUUCCUCGCCCAGGUCUUCGCCGGUGGUCGGCCGGAAGACGCCAGCCAGCGCCGCUGCUGCUGCGGCGGCGGCAGCUGUCGCCGCCGCCAGCAGCGCGGCUUCUGACGCAAAGUCGUCGUCGGAGAGUCCACUGGCUGCGACGACGAAGGUGGGAUUCAGUCCCGUGGCGUCCAGCCUGCUCGACCCCACCGCGUCUUUGAAGGACAUGCCGCUAGGCACUUUCAAGCCGACCGCCUCGUACCUCGGCGCCUUCCCCCACUUCCCCGUCGACCUGAUGGCGGCGGCAGCAGCCGCGGCCGGAGGCGGCGCCGCGGCGCACCUCAAGGGCUCGCCGUACGUGAGCUACGCGCGUAUGAAGACGCCGUCCGGCGUCGACACGCUCGUCCCCGUGUGUAGGGACCCGUACUGCACCGGCUGCCAGCUCAGUUCACAGCUCCUGGCGGCGGCAGCGGCGUCGUCGACGGCGGGCGCCGGCAAGGGGUGCCCGGGGGGCUGCGCGCAGUGCGACCACGCCGGCAAGGCGGCCUUCCUGCCCGCCGCCGCGGCCGCCGCCGCCUACGCCACGGCGCACGCGCAGCUCGCGGCUCUCGCGUCGCACCUGCCGUACGUCUGCAACUGGAUCGGCAGCGCCGCGCCCUCCGCCUCUUCCGCCGCCGACGGCUCGGCCGCUGCGGCGGCGGCUGCUGCCGCGUCCGGCUACUGCGGCAAGAGGUUCGCCACGUCGGAGGAGCUGCUGCAGCACCUGCGCUCGCAUACGGAGGCGGCGGUGUCUCCGCUGUUCGCGCACCGCGCCUACCCCACGCCGCCCCUCAGCCCGCUGGCGACGGCGCGGUACCACCCCUACGGCAAGCCGACCCCGGGCGCCCUGCUGCCGCCGGGGUUCCCGUUGCACCCUCACCCGGGGCUGCCGCCCUACUUCUCGCCAUACUCGCUCUACGGACAGCGGCACCCGUGAAUCGGCGGUCCGCCGAUCGCACUUCAAAUCGUCCCCCGUGGAAGCUACGGGACACUUGUGAAUAUAAAUGUAACCAAAGUGUAUACUGAGGAGUCGGAGCAAGUGACAUGGCUCGUCCGAGUGGCAAUUACUUCACUGGUACUUAAAAUCAGUGAGGACAGUAAUAACGAUUGUACAUUAAAGUAAUGAAUGCCUUGUACACUGGAAUGAUUUUUCACUUCACAACACAGUGUUCGCUAUAAUUGAUGAGACAUAUCUCAUGUUUACAGCUGACUUUGUCAAUAAAUAUUUAUCCUAGCAAGACCUUUGCCAAUAUGAUCAAAGAUACUCGUUAUAUAAAACUGCUAGUACACUGACUGUACAGUUAAAUUCGCUGCAUAAUUCGUACUGUGAACUGUAUUUAAAUGCAAUAUGACUGAGCACGAUUUAAUGAAUACCACAGAUUGUAUCAUUGCCAGCUUCUUUAUCCAUCAUUAAUUUUUUAGGUACUCUACGAGCAACUACUUUUGUCUUCAGUCUCUGUUUACAUCCUCCAUACCUUUAGCUGUUAAUGGCACCACCAUCACCACUUCUCCACCAGCUGAUGUUUUUUCAUACCUGCGGAUGCAGUUUCGCUGUAUCCGUACGAUCCUCUUGUCCAAAAGUCCCUAGACCAUCAACCCAUAGUGAACCUGAACAACAACCUACUUUAGUGAUAAGUUCUUAAUUGUAUUUCACCCAACCCACAACCACUUUAAAAUUGCAGUGUCAGGCAUUACGGAUGAGAGGAGCUCUUUUUGGUAGCUCUUUGUGUCCAUUUCAUUGUUGUUGAAUAAGAUUUUCUUGUUGAGGAUCCAACUGCAAACUAAAAUUACUAUCAUUGUGCAAACCUUUUUCUAUCCUAUUGCAUCAUACAGAAAGAACUCCCUUUUCAUUUACUUAAUGGGACAAAACAUCUACAUAUUAUAGGUCGUAAAUUAAAUAACCACCUUGAAAAUAUAUACUUCCGUGUCACUGUGUAACGUAUACUUUACGUAUAGGUGAAAUCAAUUUAGUCAAGGUGGGCAUAAACAUGAUUCAUUAUGCUUCGUUCCAGUUCUCGGGAAUUAGCAAAAGCGUUUCGUGGGAUGAUCACUCUCAUGUUCUACAGCCGACAGUAAUGUUUACCAAAUCUUGACCACAGGAGACGUUCCAGGUGUAAAAUCUUCGAUAUAUCGCAGAACAUUCUUUGAGGUAAUAGUGUAAGUACUCGCUGUGCUUAGUUAUUGGUACACUACCACCACUACAAGCUCGUAGGAAUUUGGGUUCCCGAUUCAGUUUAUUACAAACGUAAUUAGCUAAUGCAGAAAUUACUUAGAUAUUAAUUUUUCAAGUUUCACACCAGGGAAAAAGCUCUUCCCGGCUACGCAUUAAUAUGCAAUGUCUGGAUACGAAAACAGUUGAGAACAUGCCCUGUAUUGCUGUUUGUUUUGUGUUGAAUCUGCGUUAGGGGCUAGAAAGCUCUAGUUCUUGAGCAACGACCUUCUUACAGUAAUGAUUACAUCUGUAACUACACACUGACCGGUGAAUUUGCGAAUAGCAACUUCCACGCGAGAACAUUACUUACUGGAUGAUGUCCACAAAUGCUAAAAGUCCGCCGCAACUCAUGUACGUGUGAGGUCAUUGUCUGUAGGUUUUAAAAACUAUUCUUUAUUCAAAGACUGAGGCAAGCGAACAAAUGUAUAUAUAAUGCAUAUUGGACUGAAAGUGUUUGCUUCUCGUUCUUUUCAAAUAUAUAUACGGACCUGUUAAGACGUAUUGCAUAUAUAGAAGUCGAGAAUCUGGCUCAGAUGUGAGUUCCUUUCAGAAUGACUGCUGUCGCAGUUACCUAAAGUUACCCCACUGGUCACGAUACGUUGAACGUUGUAUUCGUUGAGUCUGGAAUCACAGUGGAACUUUUCUCAAGUAACGCACUUCAUUAUACGAUAAAAGAUAUUUUCUUUCGUCGCACUGCAAUCUUAGUCUACCAUCGUUAUAAAAAGUGAUAAAAGAAAUUCCUGUAUAAUUCACCAAUGUGCCCUCCAAUGAAGAACAUUCAGAACUACUCAGCAUGUGUUUUUGAAGUUGUCAUACCACUUGUUUUAGGUAUUUGACAAUUUAUGCUACUUCACUUCCUGAUUUGAAGAUGUCUUCUUUCUGAGAUGUCCACUUAAGUUUCCAUAUCUUAGUUGGGACUAUAUUGUAGUCAUAAUUAAAGGUUUAUAGUGAAAUAUUUUAGCGAUGUUGUUGAAUUUAGCAAGUACGCUGCACAUUUUAUGAAUUACAUGAUACUGAGACAAAUGUUCCCUACGGAAUUGUGUUGAAAAAUGUAAUAAUGAAUAUUGGUUGAUAAUCUGUAGGUGAUAAUGUUUUGUUAAAUUUCUUGGUAGAAAUACUCAGAAAAAACCAAAUGUGCAUAGCGUUGUUUACUCCAUCAACAGUCCACAGGAAUGAAAGGGACAUUAUCAUUGGAUGCAGAUAAUGCUUCUGAGCUGUUCAAAUACUGCAGUCUUAAUGUCUAGCUCGUGACUAUUACCUGAGAUGCAUGUAAUUGUUCAUGUACUUUCAUGUAUAAUUGUCUAUUCUACUUGAUUCAUAAUGUAGCCAAAGCUAAUGAACCUAAUUUUUUAUCGCUCUAUGUUAUUUUGGAUGUGUGCGAUAUGAAAAUAAAUAAUUUAAA